CAUUGCUGCCGGGGAGGGAGAGAGGGAGGGAGAAGGCAGGCUGUGCUGGUCGGACAGGUCUGCACUGCUCUGCCUCAGAGAAGGAGGGAAGAUGAGAGGGAAGGAAGAAGGAAUAACAGAGAGGAUGAGACAAGAUAAACCAUGUGGGAGGUGUAAAUCCUGUAUGGAUGAAGCGGCUGUGAGAGGAGGAGAGGUAUGAAGAAUAGGGAGCUGUUGGAGGUGUCCCAUGGGCAUGUUUGUCCUCUGGCCGUUCAGCCUGUGUGUCUCUGCUCUGCACACAGACACGCCGGGAGGGAGAAGAAAGACCGUCUAAAAAUAAACUGACACCCACCACCAGCAGAAAAACAGAAAAAAAACAAACCAACAAAUAAAAGGACACAAAAAGAAGUUGUUUUUGUCUCUUUUACCCUGUCUGACUCCCUCCCUGCUCCAUUUCUGUUUCUCUGUCCUCAUUACGGCCUGAGAGGAGGUCAUGUCCCAGUCUGGAAAAGUCCUUCAUUUGUAUGUAGAAGUGAGGUCUGCCCCAGAUCAGAAGGGAGGGAACGAGGAAGGGAUUGCUCAGGGGCAUUCGGUUCAGGACAGUCCUGCGGAGCUCCUAUCUCAGCUAGCAAGCCAGACGGCCUGCCAGACCGUCACCAAGACCUCCACAGCUCACCGUCUGGUUCAGGACUGCACACACAGCCAGUCUCCUUCUAGAAACACUGUUAGCUUUCAGCUCCAGCAAGCCAGCAGCUCCCCUGCAGUCACCAAGCGUUGGAGUGCACCCUGUGAUGAAGUGUCCGUCGUCCACUCUCCACCAAUGACCUCCUCCGGAAAGGUCGCUCUCCCUCACACACCUCCCAACUUCCGGAGGUUUAACGAGGAAGAGGUCAGCGAUGGUAAGCGGUCUGUAGUCACCUUCAGUUACAUUGAGAAGUCCAAUGUGAAGACCGUGGACAGUCCGCGCAACUCUGUGUGCGAGAGAGGUACCAGAGAGGAAAGAUCCACCCCGUCUUACUUUCGUAAAAGGCUCAGCGACCCAGUUUGGUUUGGAAGUCCCGAUUCAUCGUGCAGCUCCAGUCCCAAGCUGACUUUCCGAUCUCCAGGAAGUCACCAGCAGACGUACUCUCCCGGCCUUCGCCAACCAGCCUUGGACCCCAUCGGCAGGGCAGCUACCCAGAGAGCUGUGGAGGAGUUUGGCUCCCCUCUACUGAGGAUUAAACUAGCCCAUGCACUUGAGCACACCUCAUCCUCACGCUACAACCAACAGCCGCGCUGUCAGUCCUGGGCUGGGUCUCCUGUUCAGCGCCAGAACAUCAGCGUAAACCCCAAAGACCACAUCACCGAUAGGAUCCAGGCUGUUUGUGGGCUGCCUCGGAGCCCUGCGUUAGACCAGCUAUCCUCCCAGUCCAGACAGCCUCCUCACUCGAAGCCCGAGUCCUGUGUCAAGACCCAGAGUCCUCUUCACUGGUCAGGGCAGGACAGAGGUGUGACAGGCAGUCCAGUCACCAAAAAACAUGUUCACAGGACUUGUAACAGGAGCACUGCACCGCAGGGAGCAAUCGUCCAACUUGGCAAUAAUGUAAUUGAGGGCUUGAACCAGUUAAGUGACAGUAAAUCCUCCUCUCCGGCUCAUAGCCCUGAAGUAGCCCGCAGGCUAGCAGAGGAGGCUACCAAAGUAUCUUCUAUUUUCACAGAGGCAAGAAGGUCCUCAUUGCACAACGCUUUAGGUGAGCCUGCAAGCGGCUCGAACUCUGGAGAAUUUCACAAUUCAACUUCAAAUGCACAACAGUCUAAGCAAACGCUUAAGAUGAACAUCCCUUUAAAUGACCAACACACGGCAGCAACUGACAACACAGACUCUCACCAGCCUGAAAACUCGAUCUUGCAGUCACAGUCACUUGAAACAAACUCCCAUAAUAAUAAUGAAUCACACGACGAGGGCUGCAUUCAGAAAUCCCAGCAUCAGAGCUCAAUUUUAUCAGCAGCUCAGAGUUCCCCCGGCAUUCCCUCACGUGUUCUCCGACCUUCUCAUCCUCCCACCGAGCUCAGCUCUCCGAUGAGGGACCCCAGGUUAUUCCAAGCAGAACUCCGAGCACCAGAUACCCCCACCCUGCAUCGCCGCCAGCUCCCGCGGUACACCAGAGACUCCUGGUCCCCGAGCCCGGACAAGAGGGGAGACCUGAGCUGCUUCGAGAGAGGGGACUGCACAGAGCUCGCUCGCAGGCUCUUUAUUAAUCAAAGUGUCGAGGAGGCACCAGUUAGCUGGACGUCCAGGCAGCAGUGGGGGAGUCAGGGGGAGAACAGCCCAAGGCCGAGCGCUGAGCCUGGAGUUGGAUCCAUCAGUGGCCAAACUGCUGAUCGUCAACCCGGUCUCCGGCGCCGGCCACUCAGUCCCACAGCCCAGCAGAAACGGGCCGAGCAGAGGAGGAGAGAGAUCCUGCUUCUCGGACCAGUGGUUCUAGACUCUCCAGAGGAAGACGAGGGUUGUGAUGAGGAAGGACAGGGCAAUGAGAUGGAGGGAUUUGGGGCAGGGCAGCAACCGCACCUGCAGAGGGUAGAAGAGCCUCCAGAGGCGGAGCAGAAUGGAGCGAUGGGAGGGUCGUCCUCACGGAGCUCCAGUGGGGUGACGGGCAGUUUGGGGGACAGGGACUGUGUGUCCCCAGAGUCCAGUCAGUCCAGUCACCAGAGCAAUGAGACUGGGGCCGCCACCUCAGGAAUACAGACGGACAGCGGCUCUGCAGUUCCCGUGCCCUCGCUCCAUUGUCAGAGGAUCGCUCGUGCCAAGUGGGAGUUUUUAUUCGGGACCCCGGCUGAGGAGGCUGCUAGCAGGGGGGAGAAAAAUUCUCUGGAAACCUCCACAGCUCCUCCCAGUGGUAACUCCAGUGAGUCUCCCACCCCGACUCCCCCUUCCUCCCUGCCUCUGCUCUCUGCCAAUCACGAGGUGCAGCAUGUGGAGGUAGAACUGGUGACCCCUCCUCCAGCCGUGAUCGGGACUUCACCCAAAACGGGCAUCAUUCGCCGCACGCUGAAGUAUUCAGAAACCGACCUGGACGCCGUCCCGCUGCGCUGCUACCGUGAGACGGACAUAGAUGAGGUGCUGCUGGCUGAGCAGGACGACGCCGACUCUGCGUUUGGGAGUAACCGCAGCGUGCAGGGAACCUCAGGGACGGGCAGCAGCCCUCUGGGGGGUCUGCCUUAUGGGAGGACAGACGAGGAGGUGGCAGAGGAGAGAAGAGGGGGAAGGGAGGACGAGGAAGAGGAAGAUGAGGAGGAGGAGGAAGAGGAAGAGAUGGUGAGCUGGGCCAGUGUGAGGAUGCAAGGAGACAACAGGAAGCAGCAGUACGCGGCUCAAGAAGAGCCGGAGGUGUUUGGUCACUUGCUGAAGAGACCAAUGGAAACGUUUUUUGACAACCACCACCCAGCCCUGAAAUCUCCCAUCUUGGUCUCCGGUCCUCGCUGUGCUGCAGAAGACACCUUCAGCCGCCACUUUGAGAGCAUUAUGGAGUCUCACCGAGCCAAAGGGACAUCGUACAACAGCCUGGACAGCGAGGAGCUGCUGACCUCCAGCACACAGACGGUUCUGACCUUUGACCUGCCCACACUAACCCCUGCCAUCCACGCUCCGGUCUGCCAGAGCGCCAGGCAGAUCGUCCAGCUUAGCUUCGCCCCGCUGGCGCACCAUGAGAGGCCCAGUCUCUCUGAUUCUAUCUUUACCGUGACCGGGGACUCUGACGCCACCCGAGCCCCGUCCAGCGAGAGGCUGAGCAGCGGUUCAGACGACACGCCGCCCAGAGGACGAGAGUGUGCACAGCUGGGGAGCAGCUGGUACAGCAACAUCUCUUUCUCAUUGCCAAGCAGGGACAAGGCCCGUCUGGCGACCGAUUCCGAGCUGGACCAGGACCUCAGCGAGAGGCUGGGUCUGGGCAGCAGCGACACCCUCACCAACGGCAGUCACCGCGCCGACGUGGCAGCCGCCAAACGCUUGGCCAAACGCCUCUUCAACUUGGACGGCUUCAGGAAGUCGGAUGUGGCGCGUCACCUCAGCAAGAAUAAUGACUUCAGCCGUAUGGUAGCGGAAGAGUAUCUGAGUUUCUUCAACUUCACAGGCCUCGCUCUUGACCAAGCAUUGCGGACCUUCCUCAGGCAGUUUGCCCUGAUGGGGGAGACUCAGGAGAGGGAGAGGGUGCUGUCACACUUUUCAAAACGUUACUUGGACUGCAACCCAAGAGUCAUACCAUCAGAGGAUGCAGUCCACACUCUCACCUGUGCACUUAUGCUGCUGAACACCGAUCUACACGGCCAGAACAUCGGCAAGAGGAUGUCGUGCACGCAGUUCAUCGGCAACCUGGAAGGACUGAACGACGGCCAAGAUUUUCACAAGGAUCUGCUUAAAGCGCUCUACAACUCAAUCAAAAAUCAGAAGCUGCAAUGGACAAUCGACGAGGAAGAGCUGCGGAAGUCGUUUUCAGAGCUCGGGGACAGCCUGUGUGACUCCAACGCCUCGAAAUCGAUGAAGCGGGUGGGCAGCAGUGGGAAGCCCCUGUCGGAGGAGACGGAGGCCUCCGGGUCGCUGCUGUACAAGAACGGGUUCCUGGUCCGCAAAGUCCACGCCGACUCGGAUGGCAAGAGAACACCGAGAGGGAAGAGAGGCUGGAAAACCUUCUAUGUCAUCCUAAAAGGGCUAAUUCUCUACCUACAAAAAGGGGAAUACCGGCCGGAUAAACAGCUGUCUGAGGAGGACCUGAAGAACGCUGUGUCCAUCCACCACUCUCUGGCCAUGAAAGCUUCAGACUACAGCAAGAGACCCAACGUCUUUUACCUGCGGACGGCUGACUGGAGGGUGUAUCUCUUCCAGGCACCGAACGCCGAGCAGAUGCAGUCUUGGAUCACGCGGAUCAACGCAGUGGCCGCCAUAUUCUCAGCUCCUCCCUUCCCAGCAGCCAUCGGCUCGCAGAAGAAGUUCAGCCGGCCGCUGCUGCCGGGGGCGACGUCCAAACUGUCUGAGGAGGAGCAGGUCCGAUCCCACGAAUCUCGAUUCAGAGCCCUCUCCACCGAACUGUCUGAGCUUCGCUCCUACCCACCUGACCGCAAGGUCAAAGGGCGUGAGCUGGAAGAGUACCGGCAGCGAGACGAGUAUCUGGAUUUCGAGAAAACACGGUAUGCGACCUACGUCAUGCUGCUGCGAGCUAAGAUCCGGAGCGGCGAGGAGGACCUGUCUGUGUUCGAGUCCCAGCUCCUGGAGGACAACAGGCUGCAGAGAGCUCACUCCAGCCCCACGCUGCAGGACAGCAGCCAGGCCAGUCAGGUGAGCCAGGCCAGCAGCACCAGGGACGGCGGCAACAGCAGCAAAGCCAGUGGCUGCAGCAGCAGCAAGCCUCGGCAGGAAGGCCAGAGACACAGCUACCGGCAGGCCGUCAAGAAGUGAGACGGGGCGGGGGCGCCGGGAGCGGCACAGCGUUGCACUGCCAGCGGCAGGCUGUCUCCCUGCAUAGGUUUUUAUUUGAGAUCCAGGAGGGUUUGGAGCUCUGCUUGAAGGGGGAGCAGGAGUGAGGGUCUACCCCACGCCCUCCCCCAAACCAUGACGCCCUACCCGGCACCCCAAUCUUCUCGUCUAACAGAGGAGGGCUGGAAAACACCAGCGAGGAUUGUUGGUGCAGGAGGUGGGAGGAUCGGCUGGGAGGUCACAGAUCUGCAGAGACGAGGUGUCUUUGAGAACGUACGCUGGGUGCAGCAGCAGACUGAACUGUGCAGUGAGAUAAAGAGGGUGCUUAUACGCUGAAGGGCACCAGACAGGGACGUACAUCCAGCAUCCUUUCCUUUUCUCCCCUUUUGUUCUUUGAAGGCACCUCCGGCCACGUUCUCCCACCUUUUUUCUUGACCUUUCACUCAGUUUUGGGACCAAACACACGUUUUAACACAUUUUAAAACAUCACAUUUUAGACGACUGAUGAUUUGAUUUCAGUUGAAUUUGCUACCGCCACUCUGAUUUUAAGCGCUGUAACAGACUUGUGAAACAUCACCAGGUCUUAUGGAGCCAUUACAUUCCAGCUCCUUCUUUUGCCACAUCGCUGCGGCGUGUUCACAUUCCACACGGGAGCCGGACAUUACAGCUUUGGGCUUCUGUACGUGUUUCACUUAAGGUGGUACCCAGUUGAAUCUACAGACAGCGCUCAAGGGUGUGGCUGCGAUAUACUACAUGAUGAGAUUGUGCAGCUCGGUGCAGCUCGUCUCUCCUCUUUCCUCUAGCCACCGAUGGCCAAUUAGAGGCAACAGCAUCAGUAGAAGUUCACAGUACUCCUGAUGUGCAUCUCAUCAAGAGAAAGAGUUCUUUUAUUUUUUAUUUCUUGAACUAGUGAUCCCUCUCCCAGUUGCUUUCCGCUUCUGUCCCGUGGUGUGCUUCUGUUCUCUUUCAAUUUCUUGGCCGAAAGUUGUUUUCCUCCAGUGAUCCGCAUGCCUGCAUCCAGCACAGCUUCUUUUAGGCCUUUUACUACUUAUGAGGGCAAAUCUGAGAGCAGUAAAGUUGUUCUCUGGGGUCAUUUUCUUCAUGCCGGUGCCAUAGCCAACAUGUGUAAUCUCUGUCUGUACUUAUAGCCUCUCAUUUAUAAAACCCUAUUUUAACACUCACCAGGCAGACCCUGAAUGUUCUUGUUUUUUCAAUAUUUUUACAGUAUUUUACAGUCGUUUGUUGAUGUUGAACCUAUUCCACCUGUGUAUGUCAAGUGUAUGAUGAAAUAUGAUAUUGAAAAUGUAAAAGGAAAUAUGUUAUCCAUACUCUUUGUAAACAUCCAGGAUAUGUUGUAUAUAAUGGCACCAUCAGCUUAUAUUGUAGGAUAUAUGACAGUAUAUUUACAAUAUAUUCAACACAAUGUUGUGCAGAUGCAUUAGGUACACUCAAAAGUUUUCUUCUUGUAAGUCCCAAAAGCGCUACGUGAUAAUCAUGUGUUGUUUUUUGUUUUUCUUACAUGGUGGUAAUAAUUCAGCACAAUAUGAGUAUUAUAGUAAAGCCUAUGUACCUAUCAAAGAUUAGUAAGUGAUCAAAGGGUGUUUGUGACAGGAAGUCGCCGCGCGGUAGUGAAAAAAAGUGAAUUCACGUGAGGAUUUAAGCUACCGUGGGAGGUAUUCCAAAGACAGCGCAUGGUUCGCUAUGACCUAAUAGCAUGAUUUUAAAGGGAUCAGGGUUGAUUGUGUUGUCAGAGAUGCAUGAAAAAGGUGAGGAAUGUAAAAAAAAAAAGAAAAAGAGGAAGACAAUGUGACUCAUUAAGGAGGAUGUGGUUU